UGGUCUUUGAAGCUGUCCCUGAAGUGACAGGGAAAAGAUCCGGGCAGCCCAAAAAACUCAGGCAUGGAAAUUGAUCCUGCAAGAGAAGGGGGCUCAUCAUGGCGGAUGACUUAAAGGGAUUCAUAUAUAAAAUGUUACCAAGUGUUGAAGGGCUCCAUGCUAUUGUGUCAGACAGAGUUGGAGUACCCCUUAUUAAAGUGGCCGAUGAUAAUGCUCCAGAGCAUGCUUUGAGACCUGGUUUCUUAUCUGCUUUUGCCCUUGCAACAGACCGAGGGAGCAAACUUGGACUUUCAAAAAAUAAAAGUAUCAGCUGUUACUGUUACACCUACCAGGUGAUUCAAUUAAAUUUGGUGGUGAGUUUGAUAGCCCGCAGCCAUGCCAAUACAGGACUAAUUGUCAGCCUAGAAAAGAAACUUGCUCCAUUAUUUGAAGAAUUGAGACAAGUUGUGGAAGUUUCUUAAUCGGACAGUGGUUUCAGUGUGUACCUUAUCUUUAUUAUAACAACACAGUAUCAAUCCAGCAAUCUUUAGACCACAAUACUUUUAUCCGUGUGCUCAAGAAAGCGCCCCUUUUUCUAACUUAUACUGAAGAGCAAGCAUAUAGAUAUAAUUUAUGGACAGAUUGAUAUAUUUUCUGGUGUAGGGUCUUUUCUUAUUUAGUGAGAUCUGUGGAUACCACAAAAAUGGUUCAGCCUGUCACAGCGCCCAUGGAGUUAGUCCAGCCACCAAAUAUGGAUGCAAUUCUAUUCCGUGGAUCAAAAUCAAACUGGUACGUUGGUCCACUUGAGUCAUUAAGUGCUCCUUAAUGUACAAUCUGCCUAGGCCUGCAGAAUGAAGCAGAUUUCUUAUUAUGAAUAAUAAUAAGGACAUAUUUUCCUUCAGAUUAUGUUUUGUUUCUUCACAUUGAGUGUGAGGAACAUAAAAUGGCUUACUAAAAGUAAUAAAAUCAGUACAAUCACUAA